UAAGAUACUGAAGUCGUUGUCCAUCCGCUAAUAUCUCCCGUAGCUCCCACAUUCGUCAAUCAUUUUCAGGCAUCUUUCUCAAACCGGUAGAGGAUACGAAGUCAUGCCGCUUUCAUCUUCAAAUUUUCAUCCAAAUCCUCCGACGGUUUUGAUUCCAUCAAAACGAUCAUCUGCGCGGACUCCUCGCUCUGGGUCCCUUUACAAGAAACAUCGCUCGAACCCCAAAGAACAGCCAGAGGAAGAAAAAAAGGACAUGUCGCAAAUACUGUCAACACUGACAGCCAUUAUCAUGGCUCAAAGUAAUGCAUUUCAGGCGCAUGCCCAGAGAUUCGACGCGUUCGCUGAAACAGUACAAACGCGCUUGGAUUCCAUCGAAUCCAAAUGUGAUGAUAGUCUGAAUCGAAAAGAGCUUGGGAUCAUGGGCUCUCUAGGAGUUAUUACUCAAGAAGUGAAUACUCUUCGAGAAGAAUUUUUAUCCAUCUUUUCCUCCGGAACCCGUUCCCGCUCCCGCCAAAUAAGGCGCUCCCACAGGUCGGUCGCUCUCUCUUCCAGAGGUGCCCACGGUCAUUCCCCCGCGGAUUUCAAUGAUGGACAACGUCAGUCAAGUAUGCCGAGUGACGGCGACAGUGGUCAUGGCGGCGGGAUUGUGGAAAGAGCUAUCGCUAGGGAACUGAAGAGGCUAGGAGGUGCUCCAGUUUUAGCAGAUGGGGAAACUACCAUCCAUUUCAAUCCACGAAAAAGGUGGUCCAAAAACAGAGUGGACAUCCUAGAUAUCGAGGAAGAAUCAGAUUUGGAAUCGGAUACUGGCUCCAGCUUAUACCCCAUGAGCUCCAGUCUUGAAAGAAGAUUAGCAGAUGACGAUGAAGAGUCAGAGUCAGAGGAAGAGGAAGAGAAUGAAGAAGAAACGGAAUCCGAAGAAGCUGAAGAGACUGAAAGCUCAGAACUUAUACGAGAAAAUGGAGAGGGACACAUGCACGAGAAAGAACCGUCUCUCAAGCGCGACAAGGUUUUGGCUGCCAGCAAUGGUCACAAUGUUGACGGUCAUAAAUGGCCCAAACUUGGGCCGGACUGUACGGAAGGACGCAUGAAAGUGAUAGAUUGUACAGCGUGUGAUGGUCGUGUACAUUGGGCUUGCGCCGGUCUGGAUCCGGAGGUCUCUAUGCUUAAGAAAUCUUGGUACUGCCCCAGCUGUACGCUUUUGAUAAAGGAUCUUAAACCGGCGAUUGCUCGAAGGAUGAAAGAGCGCGAGGAAUUACCAAGAACGCAAGAUAGAGAACGAUGUUUGAGACCAGAUUGCAUCCAUCACCAACCGGUCGAUAUGACUUCUGCAAAAGCAGAAGAUGACAAUUUAUACUACAUGUCUGGCAUAGUAGGGAGGCGCCAUACCAAAGAUCGUCCGAGAACUUUGCAAUAUUUGGUGCAGUGGAAUGAAUGGGAAGAUUACGAUUGUACAUGGGAACCACCUUCCAAUAUCCCCGCCGUGGAUCUGCCCGGCUACAAGAGCCUGUUUUACAAGCAGGCUAAAAACGAGAACCUUGACCUGUCGAAUAAGAAAACAGCGAUUCUCUCUCAAUUCUCGCAGUACUAUGAAGCGGAUGGAAGCUACAAUGUAAAGCUAUUGAAAAGAUUGGGGGUGGAAGAUAAGGACUGGUGGGGCUGGUAAUUGUAUGUGGGGUUUUGUGAAUGGUUCGUUGUCACACGCAUGUUUUGCUUACAGACUUUUAUGUCUGUCGCGAGCUCCCCGUCCUCAUGGGAGUGUAACUCUUGAUGUCUUCACUUCUUCUGUUCGUUAUGUUAUGUAUGUUAUAUACGG